AUGGGCCUCCUGGCUCAGAAUAUUAACAGGCCAAAAUCAGAACGCUGCGGGCCACGGGCUUUGUUUUCGCCUACACGAAUUCAGGUAAAUGUAACGAUAUCCAACAAAGAUUCCAAAGAGACACUCCGUUGCCACGUGGAUAGAGCUCUAACUCUCACUCUCGUUCAAUUCUCAGUGAGAGACCAAGUUCAGAAAACUCCGGUGAAAAAAGCGCGUUGUCGAGUUGGGUGA